AGUUGCUCAGUCUCCUGAAAAAAGCUCGAGACGCAGUUGGAGUCGCCGCCGCCGCUUCGUUCACCUCUCCUUAUUCUUCUGCUUCUCUCGCCGCCGCUCCCAAGGUAGCUUCCGCCAUGGACGAAAUUCAAGCCCUCAAAACCAAGGUCUGCAUCAUCGGCAGCGGCCCGGCCGCGCACACGGCGGCGAUAUACGCCGCCCGCGCCGAGCUGAAGCCAAUUCUCUUCGAAGGUUGGAUGGCCAACGACAUCGCCCCCGGCGGCCAGCUCACCACCACCUCCGACGUCGAGAAUUUCCCGGGGUUUCCGGACGGGAUCCUCGGCAUGGAGCUCAUGGACCGCUGCCGGAGCCAGUCGGUCCGGUUCGGGACUCAGAUCUUCACCGAGACGGUUUCGAAAGUCGACUUCUCGACGACGCCGUUUAAGAUCUACACCGACGCGAAAACCGUCGAGGCCGACACCGUCGUCGUCGCCACCGGCGCGGUGGCGAAGCGGCUCGUGUUCCCUGGCUCCGGCGACGGCAAGGGAGGCUUCUGGAACCGCGGGAUUUCCGCCUGCGCCGUGUGCGACGGAGCUGCUCCGAUUUUCAGGAACAAACCCUUGGCGGUGAUCGGAGGCGGCGACUCGGCUAUGGAGGAGGCGACGUUUCUGACCAAGUACGGCUCGGAAGUGAACAUUAUCCACAGGAGGGACACUUUCAGAGCUUCGAAGAUUAUGCAGAACAGGGCUCUGAAUAACCCUAAGAUCAAAGUGCUGUGGAAUUCUGAGGUGGUGGAGGCUUACGGGGAUGGAGAGAAGGGUCCUCUUGCCGGGUUGAAGGUGAAGAAUGUUGUGACUGGAGAAGUGUCUGACUUGAAGGUUUCGGGGCUAUUCUUUGCCAUUGGUCACGAGCCUGCGACUAAGUUUUUGGAUGGGCAAUUGGAGCUUCAUCCUGAUGGUUAUGUUAAGACCAAGCCGGGCACGACGGAGACCAGUGUUCGUGGGGUUUUUGCUGCCGGAGAUGUGCAGGACAAGAAGUAUAGGCAGGCUGUUACUGCUGCCGGAACCGGGUGCAUGGCAGCUCUGGAAGCAGAACAUUACUUGCAAGAGAUCGGAUCCCAGGAGGGUAAGAGUGAUUGACUACCUAAGAUUGACAAAGGAUAUAGGAGCAGCUGUUCAAUUAGAAGCAAAGUUUAGUGAGUAUUAAGAUGAAGAAAAGCUCUCUGUGGAAAGACCUAUUAGAUAUCCGUCAUUCGGUUGCAAGAAAAAAGAUAGUAAAGAUCUGGGGAUUUUCCAGUCAUUCUUGUACCUUUAUCGCAUUUAGCUUUACAAUCCGAUUGUUGAACUCAUUCAUAAAUUUGCAGACAAUAAUCCAAUUGUUGAACUCCUUCAUAAAUUUGCAGACGACUAUCUCGGU